UUGCAAAGUAGCACUAGCAGCGUAGGAGAUGGGGAUUACGCAUACUCUUGGUUGGAUAAGUUGAAAACCUGAAAUUUUGUACGCUCCGCCGAAGAAAAACAAAUUCAGUAAUUAUUGGAGCCUAAACAAAAUCAGUUAUGGGAAUUGCCGGAAACCUGAAUCCAAACCAGCUGGAGUUCUUCAACUCUCAAGGUUAUCUGGUUUUAGACUCCUUUUCCAGCCCCGAUGAGAUUAGAUCCCUUAGGUCAAGAAUGGAGCAAUUGCUUGAUGAAUUUGAUUGUUCCACCAAAGCUUCCAUCUUCUCCACCACCAACCAACAAAAGACGACCGAUGAUUACUUCUUUGAAAGUGCUGAGAAGAUUUCCUUUUUCUUUGAAGAAAAAGCUUUUGAUGAUGAUGGGAUUUUGAAGCAACCGAAACAAUUAUCUAUAAAUAAAGUUGGGCAUGCAUUACAUGACAUCGAUCCUAUAUUCAAGAGCUUCUCAACUUCAGAAAAAUCAACGGGUUUGUUGAGCUCAUUAGGUUACAAAAGGCCAGUAGUCAUUCAGUCUAUGUACAUUUUCAAGCAACCUGGAAUUGGUGGUGAAGUAGUGCCGCAUCAGGACAACUCAUUUCUAUAUACAGACCCACCAACUUGCACUGGGCUGUGGCUUGCUCUAGAAGAUGCAACAGUCACAAAUGGGUGCCUCUGGGCCAUUCCUGGCUCUCACAAAGCUGGCCUUGUUAGAAGAUUCAUUAGGGAUGAGGCAGGUGUUCACUUUGAUAAACCUUCUCCAUCCUAUGACCAGAAAGAUUUUGUUCCCAUUGAAGUAAAUGCUGGCGCCUUGGUAGUCAUUCAUGGGGAUCUUAUUCAUCAGAGUUUCGAGAACAAGUCUUCAACAUCUCGACAUGCGUACAGCCUCCACGUGGUAGAUACUGAUGGAUGUAAAUGGGUCGAUGACAAUUGGUGGGUCUCAAAAUACUUUAGCAUUCAUGUACCAAUGAUCAGAUUUGAUCAUUUUUGCCUAGAAAAACUCUUACUAAAGAAGAAAGACAGAGUAAAGAUUUCUAUAAUGUUUGCUGCUCGGAACACUUUGUAAGUAGCUAUUGUGAUUAGCCAUUACUUGUUGUAACUCUGUUUUUUGUUGUUAAUUCCAGGAUAAGAAGAAAGGUAGAAGCUGAGCCUCUGUAUGCUGCCUGAGAGGUUUAUUAUAGGUUGAGUUUCCAUCCAUAUAUGUAACAUCUGCACUGUGCUGCUACUGGAUUCGAUUUUAUCACUCAAAUACAAAUAGUCAUUACUUAUUCCAGUUUUA